UUUUUCUGUCUCUCUUUCCCUUUUACUUAUUUCUUAUUUCUUAUUUCUUAUUACCAUUUUACUCCUCUUUUACUGUUUCUACCCGUCACUGCCCCUCUCUCCUUCGUAUCUCCUCUCCUCUGCUUUCUUCGCCUACUGCUCUCCUGUCCCUGUCUGUUUAAACUCCCUCCAUCGCCUCUACGUUCAUCGACCCCGCCCUUUUUUGGCUUUGACCUCCCAUGGCUUCUUCGCCCUCCUCCAACGCUCGUCUAGUCCCUAGUCGACAUAAUUCUGCAGACAUACUCUCUUCCUCCCCAAAUCGUGAAGCUGCUACUCGAUUGCUCUCCUCUUCUCCCUAUGCCCAACCUUACUUUAACAGACCUGCAUCGCGUGGUAGCAGUGUCAAUGGCGACAACAACCCUACUCCAUCCUCUUCAUUCCGAUCUCCAUCCACUCUUCAAAACUACCGUCAAAACAACGAGGGUCCUUCAAACGCUCAGAACAUCCCAGUCUUGCCCCGUUCUGGUCUUGACAGUAGUAGCAAUAGUAUUCAUGGUAGUUACGUGAGCGGUACUCCAGGUUUUACUGAUUCAAUCAAUCCUGUUGUCGAUAUUCCGGCUGAUGAGGCCUCGAAGGUCGUCAAAAAGCAUCUUGUUCUUAAUUCGCCCUCGCGUGACAGCCUUGACUCUGACCGUAAUGGUGCUAAUAAUGCGGGACCCUCUUCUUAUGGUGCAACUAAUGAUGGUGCAGGAACUUCGGAAAUUGUUGAUUAUACAACAGCUUUCAAGUUACCAGGAGGAGCCAUUACCCGCGACGUCUACAAGUGGCAGGCUGAUCAGGAGAACGAACAGAACCGGCGAGCUCGCUCGAGGUCUUUCUAUCUGCCACGCCCUGUUGAGCCAUCAGUCACAACUUUAAAGCAACCCGGUGGCAUGCGGAGAUACCACAUGAUCAUGAAGGCAAAUGCAAGCGGACGUCAAGCCAACGUCUUCACCAAGAGCUUCAUCGAUUUCUUGGCCAUGUAUGGUCACUUUGCAGGAGAGGACUUGGAUGAAGACGAUGAAAGCGGUGAUUAUGAUGAAGAAGGUGGAGAAGGAGAAGGCUCGAGAACUCCAGGUUCUGGUAUGGAAUCCACACCCCUGAUACCAAAAUUACAGCAACCUCCCCAAGGAGAUGCUACACCCGCCAAAGCUGUGUUUUUGCUACUAAAGUCAUUUGUUGGAACUGGAAUCAUGUUCUUGCCUAAAGCGUUCAACAAUGGUGGUAUCUUAUUCUCGUCUGUAGUCUUGGUCCUCAUUGCUGCCAUUUCACUCUUUUCCUUCCUGCUGUUGGUCGAGUCCCGUCAAGUGGUUCCCGCCUCUUUUGGUGAUAUCGGAGGCCAUCUCUAUGGUCCAUACAUGCGUCAGGCAGUCCUAUGGGCCAUUGCUAUUUCUCAGAUUGGUUUUGUCUGCGCUUACAUGAGCUUCGUCGCCACUAAUUUGGAAGCCCUUGGCAAGAACGUGCUGAAUUUCUCAGAGUCAUUCCCUUCCUAUAUCUUCGUCCUCAUCCAGCUUGUUGUCUUUAUCCCAUUAGCUUUAAUCCGCAACAUCGCCCGUCUGUCCUUCACUGCUGUUGUAGCUGACGUAUUUAUCUGCUUCGGAUUGAUAUACAUGUAUUAUUUCGACAUCUUCACUUUGGCCACUAAGGGAUUGAGCGAUGUUGUUAUGUUCAACCCCAGGGACUUUUCUUUGUUCAUUGGAACUGCUGUGUUCACAUUUGAAGGCAUUGGGCUUAUUAUUCCAAUUACAGAAGCAAUGAAGGAGCCCGAAAAGUUUCCAAAGGUAUUGACAGGCGUAAUGAUUGGCAUUACAGUUCUGUUCACAUCUGUAGGAGCACUUUCGUAUGCUGCCUUUGGAUCCAAGACCGAAACCGUGGUUUUACUCAACUUGCCCCAAAAGAGUCAUUGGGUGCAGUCUGUUCAAGCCCUAUAUUCGAUCGCCAUCAUGCUUUCAAUCCCUCUGCAAUUAUUCCCUGCUAUCCGUAUUAUGGAGAACGGUCUUUUCACUCGCUCUGGCAAAUAUAACACAAUGGUCAAAUGGCAAAAGAACUUUUUCCGCAUCCUGUCCUUGUUCAUAUGUGCAGCGAUCUCGAUCUGGGCUGGAGAUGAGCUCGACAAGUUUGUCUCUAUCGUUGGCUCUAUUGCUUGUAUUCCAUUGGCUUACAUCUUCCCCGCCAUGUUCCACUAUAAAACCCACCCAUAUCGGAAGUCGCGUAUUUUUGAUAUUCUCUUGAUUGUCUUCGGAGUUAUUACCAUGGUCUACACAACUGGCAGCACGGUCUACCAGUGGAUUGAAGCCUAAAAACUCUCAAGUCUUAUCUUACAUUCCCUCUCCUGUGUUUAG